AUACAAAAAAGAGCGAGAAAUGAGCAGAAGCACCUUGUUCGGUCUGGAGCUUCUCAUCCCAACAACCACAACCUUAUCAUCUCGUCAUCCUUACUUCUGCGGUGGCUUCGCUGCAUUCUUUCCAAUGCCCAUCACACCCCACUGCUCUUCUUGCGCCGCCAAAUGCUCCACGUCUAUUUCUACUUGUACUCCUAGAAGAAGAAGAAGACUACAAAACUUUCGUGCCUUGGUCCAGCCAAGUUCCAUAGCAAGUGGGACAUGUGUGGGAAAAGAUGAGGAUCAUGAUGAUGUUGAAGUUACAAAUGGGUACACAAUGACCAAAUUUUGUGAUAAGAUGAUUGAAUACUUCAUGCAAGACAAGCCUCAAACCAAGGACUGGAGGAAGGUCUUGGUGUUUAGGGAUGAUUGGAAGAAAUAUAGGGAUAGCUUCUUCAAACGGUGCCAAGUACGUGCUGAUGUUGAAAGGGAUCCAGUAAUGAAGAAAAAGUUAAACUUACUUGCUAGGAAAAUAAAGAAGUUACAGGUAGAUGAUGAAAUGGAGAUGAAUUCAUGUCUUCUCAAAGAGAUCCAGGACAAUCCCUUGGACCUCGAUGCAAUUGUUGCAAGAAGGCGCAAGGACUUCACUGGAGAUUUUUUUCAUUAUCUUAGUUUGCUUUCAGAAGCUUAUGAUGGCCUGGAAGACCGAGAUGUAAUGGCUAGAAUUGGAGCUAAAUGCUUGUCAGCAGUUCGUGUGUAUGAUAAUACAGUGGAACAUUUGGAUACGUUGGAAGCUGCUCAGUCAAAGUUUGAUGAUAUAUUAAAUUCUUCAUCCUUAGAGGUUGCAUGCGAGAAGAUAAAUCACCUAGCUAAGGUGAAGGAACUUGAUUCAUCCUUGAUUCUUUUGAUAAACAGAGCAUGGACAGCAGCAAAGGAAUCGGAAAAAAUUAAAAAUGAGGUUAAAGACAUAAUGUAUUAUAUAUACACAGAAACAAGGAAAGCCCUAAAAAAUAUGGCACCGCCAGAGAUAAAGUUACUCAAACAUUUACUGAACAUAGUUGAUCCUGAAGAACGAUUUUCAGCUCUAUCUACUUCUUUCUCUCCUGGAGAUGAACAUGAAAUGAAGGAUGCCAAUGCUGUGUACACGACACCUAAGGAGUUGCACAAAUGGAUUAAAAUGAUGCUGGAUUCCUACUAUCUGAACAAGGAGGAAACUGACUUGAUAGAAGCUCGGCAAAUGAGUGAUCCCAUGGUAAUCCAGAGGCUCUUUAUUCUAAAGGAGACGAUAGAGGAGGAAUACUUGAAAGAGCACAAAGUGACAAACGAAAAAGAACAAGAAAGAGAUUAGAAUGUACCAGCCCUUCAUCAACGGCAACUCAGAGCAAACUCAAGAAAGAUGGGACAGUAGUUGCCUCAGCUCUGUAGUCGCAACAGUAAGGUGAUCUCUCUAUUUCCAUUGAAAUUGCAUUCUCUAGAAAAUUCUAGAAUAUGCCUGGAGGCUUUGUUUGAUAAUGUUUUAAUAUGACGUGUUGCGUUUUGUUUUGUUAUGUUGGGUGGAUGCCAAUUUGAUAAAUUUACUUUUAAAUUUGUA